CAUUUGUUAAGUAAAUAACACAACGAUUGACUCAUUUGUUGAGCGAUUGCUUUGACAAUAGAAAUCAACUCAUUAUCAGUGAUCACCACAAAGAUUACAAUUAAUAGCAUUUCAUACACUCAUUGCUAUUAACACACAAUACAUCCACUGUUUGGUCAUUCAAGUGACACCUGAUCUGUAGUUGUGGUGAAACCCUGCGGUAGAUAUCUUUGUGGACAAUGAACCGUCUGUUCGGAAGGGGUACACCUAAGGCGCCCCCACCUAACCUCACCGACUGUAUCGCCAAUGUGGACAGUAGGGCCGAGUCGGUCGACAAGAAGAUCGCCCGAUUGGACGCAGAACUCGUCAAAUACAAGGACCAGAUGAAGAAGAUGAGGGACGGACCCGCUAAGGUA